AUGAACAGAUCAGUGGGAGAUUCUAGCAAUAUAUUACAAGCACAAGCAGACAUCAAAACUGUUACGGGCAGUGAUUCAUCACGAAAAGCUACCAAAAAAUUCAUUUCCAACAUUGAAAUGCAAAACAAUCAGCAAAUGGAGACGAUCAAAGACAAGGCGAAGGAUAUUACCGUCACAUCUGCUCUGAUUGUUCCGGAGCGAGGUUAUAGUUGGUUUGUAGCAUCCAUCAUGGUUGUCGCGGAUAUGGUUGGCGGAGGUAUAGUGGCCAUGCCGGCUGGAUUUCAUGAAACAGGUAUGGUUCUUGGCUGUCUAUUUAUGGCAUUUAUUGCCGUAUUCUUCACUAAUAGUGCUUAUCUCUUAUCUGAAACAUGGAGUAUUAUGAGAGAUCGAUGGGUUGUUUACAAGGCACACUGUCGUCAACCGUAUCCCGAAAUUGGUAUGCGUAGUUUUGGACCUAAAAUGAGGACUUUUACCUCUAUCUGUGUUAACAUUACGCUGUUCGGUAUCACUACGGUAUAUGUUAUUCUGUCGUCAAGCAUAUUCCACAAAGUUCUGAUCUACUUCGGUAUUAGAAUACAUUUCUGCCUCUUCCUAAUAAUCCUUGCCAUACUAAUCUGGCCGAUUACUUUUCUUCGAUCGCCAGCUGAUUUUUGGUUUGUUGUGGCCGUGUCACUUUUCUGUACUGUCGCUGCAAUUGUGCUAAUUUUGAUUGGUGUUAGUCUUGAUUACAGUUCAUGCAAAUCAUCAGCUGUCUAUAAACCACCAACCUUUCAUUCCCUCUACAGUCUUGGCACAUUUGUAUUUGCCUACAGCGGUCAUCACGUAUUUCCAACGAUACAACAUGAUAUGCGUAAACCAAAAGAAUUCACAAAAUCUAUCGUGGUUGGAUUCAUCUGGACCGGUUGUCUGUAUAUCCCAUUAUCCGUGUAUUCUUAUGCUGUCUACGGUCAAAGUAUGCGGAAUUCAGUGAUUGAUUCGCUCCAAACAACUUGGAUUCGACAUGGAGCUGACCUGGCAGUUGCAUUCCACUGUGUCUUUACUAUUAUCCUUACCAUCAAUCCAAUCAAUCAACAAUUUGAAGAUAUUUUCCAUGUUCCACACAAGAUGUGUUGGCAACGUGUUGCCGUUCGUACCGGACUUUUGGCAUCCAUAUUAUUCGUUGCCUUAUCAGUUCCGAGUUUCGGUUCAAUUAUGGAUUUGAUCGGAAGUACAUCUAUCCCAUUUACCUGCAUUAUAUUGCCAACUUUGUUCGGUCUUUCUCUUAAAUCACAGCGAUACAAUGAGAAAACGAAGAAAUGGAAAAUACCCACAUUAAAAGAAAUUUAUGAGAGGACACCACGUCACAUAUUGUAUUGGUACGUGCUUUUGAACGUGAUAACGAUAAUUGCAUCGAUGAUAAGUGCGCUGUUGGCAAUCAAAGCGAUGGCAACUAUUCGAUUCGUUCCACCCUGCUUUAUACAACCUUUUCUCGAAUCAGUACACCAUCAAAAUACCACUACAAUUUUAUUGAACUGUUGUGGACGAUAUUUAAAUAUUACACGGAAUCCUGAAAUCCAGUGUUUGAACCAUAAUUGA